AUAGAAAUUAUCCUAAAAAUUUAAGAUCGUUGACGUCGAAAAUUAAGUAAUAACAAAUCAACACUUGAAAACGAUUCAAGUUUAACUUCGUACUUAGCCAUUUUCAUGUAAAUCCAACAGCACCAAGCCUUCAAAAUGCUAAAACCGAAAGCAUUAACAGAAGUUUUAAGUCAAGCUAAUACAGGAGGAGUAGAAAACACUUUGUUGUUGAAUCAUCAAGGUGCACUUCUAGCUUAUUCUGGUUACAAUGAUAAGGAUGCUAGAGUCACUGCUGCAAUCGCUAGUAAUGUCUGGUCAGCUUAUGAAAAACACGGCAGAAAUGUUUUUAAAGAAGAUGGACUACAUUUAAUACUAGUAGAUUGUUUAAAUGGGAAAAUUGCAAUCACACAAGUUGCCAAUUUAUUACUGUGUCUUUAUGCGAAUGAGGCUGUUGGUUUUGGCAUUCUGAAAGAAAAAAUCAAUGCUAUUGCUCAGUAUCUAGAAGGUCCUUUGAAGCAAGUUGCAAGUUCAUAAUAUGUAAUUUUAAAUAAUUAUGAGCAAAAUAAUAUGAGAAGUCACUAAAAUACUUUACUUGGUGUAUAUUCAGUUAUUUGAAUCUUUAAAUUUUAUAGCUAUUAUAUAAAACAUGAUAAUUGCAAAUUUGAUUCCUGAUUUGUAUGCCAUGUUUGAUAAUAAAAGGAUUUACUGAGAUAGUAGCUUAAUCGAUUCAUUUGAAUAAUAAUAGUUAAGAUGCCUCAUAUACGUGUGCUAUGCAACUAUGCUGUAUUUUCUGGGACAGGUAUAAACAUAUUAUUAAAUAUCUAGGUUCACAAUAAACUUUCACAUUAAAAAAAAGCUUAGAAAUAAAAUAAAACAUUCAAAAUUAAUAGAUUUUCAUAAUAACUGUCAGUAUGGUGGAACCUGUAUGGGUAGAUAAUAUAUACAAUAUAUUAAUAUUGGAAAAAUUAAUGUACUGUAAAAAUGUCUUUUCAUUUUAAUGUCAGACAUUGUUACUACUGUAAAUCUAAUUAACAUGUCCAUAUGUCAGUUUGCAUGGCUUCUUUGUCAAUUUGAUAGUGGAACAAAAUAGAAAAAGUAAAGUUCAACUAAAUGGUUAAUGCUAAAACCCCUAUAAGUUGAUGUACAUUUAGUCAUUAAUAUUUUAUAAACUUUAAUCAUUAGAAUAUUUUGUAGUAUCACAAUUAAUGAUGACCCAGUAUAAAUCUAUUCUUCUUUAAGUUUGUAUUGAAUGUUUAAUAGUGACAGCAUAGAGCUGAGCAUAGCCAGGAGUAUCCUUUAUGUAAAUCAUACAGUUGCUCCUCAUAUGCACAUUGUAUCAUUGUAACCUAGGAUAGAUAGAUGGUUUAUAUAUAAAAAAUCGAAAUUGUUAAUUGUUUCUUACCAGGAAUUCCAGUACAAAUAUUCCCUUGUUACAAGCAGUCUCGUCUGAUCAUUAGCUUAUAAAGUCAUAAAUACCAAAUAAAUAAUAGGUAAUUUACCUGUGAAAUUGCCAUUAAGCAUACAGAUAAUGAAAGCAAUAUUUUUAUAAA